CAACUGCGUUAGUUCGAAAUUAAGACGGGCUAGGUUUGGGCCGCUCCGAGAAGUUCGCGGAGCUUUCGGUGAAUUUUUCGCAAUUUUAUCGGGUGCAAGUUUGGGCGCAGUGCUUCCGUCUCUUCUCCUUCUCAAAGUGCAUCGUAAAUUUUUCGCGUCAGUGCUUAUCAGCUGAUCGUUUUUGAAGUGCUUGCUCACGGAUAUCUCUUGUUACACUUUUGAGUUGUUCUACUCCAGCUCGAGCUCGAGGAGUGAUCAGGAAAUUGUUUGGUGUGCAGAUUUGCUGUGUUUCAAAGGAAAAUUUCACCUGCGCUCACUGGAUCUUGAACUUGCGCCUUAUUUCAGGCGAUUAAUGGUCAACUGAUGAUGGGCAAGAGAUAGUAUAUUCUUUAUCCUCCGUUGACUCGAUCCAAUGCCAGCCAUGUUGAAAUCGAACAAAAUGCAGUGUCCACUAUGUUUGGACGAAAUGGCACCAGAAUGUUUCCCCAAAUUAUCUACCUGUUCUCAUUGGUGCUGCCUCGAUUGCUUGCAGCACUAUCUGCGCAUUGAAAUCACUGAAUCCAGAAUCAUUAUCACAUGUCCGGAGUGCUCAGAACCUAUGCAUCCAAAUGAUAUUCGAAUGAUUUUGAACGAGCCAGCGCUAUAUGAAAAAUAUGAAGAUUUUAUGGUAAGAAGAGUUUUGGCUGUCGAUCCAGACACAAGAUGGUGCCCUGCUCCAGACUGUUGCUAUGCAGUCGUUGCAAAUGGUUGUGCCAGCUGUCCCAAGCUUAAGUGUGGAAGAGAAGGAUGCAAUGCCUAUUUUUGUUACCACUGCAAGGCUCUGUGGCACCCAAAUCAAACGUGUACAGCAGCCAGAGCAAAACGAGCCUCUAGUCUUAACUCAUCAUCCAUACUCCUAAGUUUAGAAGCACAGUUAACACAGUUCCGUGAGGAUGUGAAAGUCUGCCCACGUUGUCAGGUCUUAAUAGUUAAAAUGGAUGAUGGUUCUUGUAAUCAUAUGACUUGCUCAGUAUGCGGUGCAGAGUUUUGUUGGUUGUGUUUGAAAGAAAUCGGUGAUCUCCACUAUCUUAGUCCAUCUGGUUGUACAUUCUGGGGCAAAAAACCUUGGUCUCGAAAGAAAAAAUUGCUCUGGCAGUUAGGAACCCUAAUUGGUGCUCCUGUUGGAAUAGCAUUAAUAGCUGGAAUAGCAGUGCCUGCAAUAAUUAUUGGUAUUCCUGUUUUAGUUGGUCGUAAAUUAUAUGUGAAAUAUGCGUGGAGUAGUAGACUUCAUAGAACUGCUGCCAUUAUGACUGGAGUGAUCACAGCGAUCCUGAUUGCUCCAAUUCUAGCUGGUCUGGCGGUCGGAGUAGGUGUUCCUGUGUUGUUGUUUUAUGUCUAUGGUGUAAUUCCUGUCUCACUUUGUCGCAAUGGAGGCUGUGGAAUCACCACCUCUGCAUCAGGUGUGCGAAUUGACUUUAACGAAGAGAACGAAUAUGUUCCUCGUAGCAUAGGUAGCAAAAAUGAAAGUCCAGUUAGAAAAAGUCAAUCGGAUUCUGUGUUUGAGUCAUCUGAAACCGGCAAAAGCCCAUCACAUUCGAACAAAAAACGUAAAGGAUCAAGCGAUAAACCAGUCAAAUCUAGUGCUAAAACCAAGGUAGAAAUCCAAAAGCAGAAAACCAAGGGGACAAACGUUUUACCUGAAAGCAGUCCUACAUCAUCUAAAACACCUUCCACAAGUGCAGAUCUGGAAGCUGGAGCCAAUGAUGACUCUUUACAGAAGAUGAGAGUCGAAGAGAGUGCAACUGUUGCCGAGGGACAAUGUCGGACCAAACCAGAAACCUCAGUUCCUUUCCGAAAUGGUCGGCCUCUCUCCUCUAUCACUUUUCUAAGAAACCUAUUUUUCCGCAAGUCACGCUCAAAAAACCCUCCUACUGAUUCUACCUCACAAGAUUUGGUGUCUGUCUGAGCAGAUGAGUCAUCUUCUUAUCCUGCCAACUUUCGUUUUAGAAGGAGUUUGGAUUUUCUCCGGUCCGGAAUGCUGUUUUGGGAAAGCAUAUACCAAGAGCACAUGGAGCAUAACAUCCAUAAACCUGGAGCUUGCCAAUCUUACGAAAAAGUUUUGUCAACAACUGUUUGGAACGUUAUGAUCACUCAAAUCUAACAAGAAUGAAAGCAUCUAAAAAAUGUGAAGUAUACUUUGUCAAGCACUAGAACAAUUCAAGCUGUUUCUUUAAUCGUCUUUCUAGAAAUUUUUUUUUAGUCCAGUUGGUAAACUGUACAUGUAUGUAUCGUAAGUCACGCUAAGCAGUCUUUUUAACUGUCCUAUCAAUUAAAGUUUGUAACAAUCGGUUUCCUUGCGUUGUGGGAUCCAUCCUUGGUGGACGAUUUUUGCGUUUAUUCAUAAUUCAUUCUGUAAAUGUUUUCGCCUCAAGUAUGUUGUCAAACUUGUUCAAACUCAACCAAUGAUGAAAUAGUUUUGGCAAUAUUUUGACUUUAUUGUGAGAAAACCGAGAACAUAUUGUUAACACAUUAAAAUGAUUUUCCCAACUUAAUAUUGAGGAAGUUAUGAGGAUCAUUGGUGGUAUACAUGGCAAGUUAACAGCCUUACAGAGGAACGGUCUUCUUCGUCUCAUAGCAAAAACUAGACUGUUUCAAAAAAAUCAUGAAUAAUUGUAACACAUUUAUUUAGUUUUUUUUUUUUUUUUUUUUUUUUUUUUUUUUUUUUUUUGCCAUUGCUUUUUACACCUCAUACAGGGUAACUUUGCUUUAAUUCAAAAUUCAUUUUCUUACAAACUUCGUUAGACAUCUGUGAAUCAAUUUUAUAUAAGUUCCUGAAUCAGACUCAUAGUAGUGAGCACACAAUUUAAAGAGAAAUAGUAAAAAGUAGAGUUCGGUCCAAAGGUAUUGCAGAACACUGCAGGUAUUCAACAUUACAGAAUGUAAAAUGAAAAAUUAGGUAAAACAAGGCCAAAAUAUAUAAACAUUAAAAAGAAGGACGUUUUGAGCCGAUACAGACUCCUUUUCAACUUCAAGAUACAAUCAAAA